CUUAAGGCCAGUUUCAGACGGAAGACUGCGGAGAGUAUCUGUACCUAACUGCGAACCACGGGAAAAACUCAAGAAAAGUGCAGGUCAGAUCAGAAGGAUGUCAGGCUUUCUGGAUGGGAUCAGGUGUGGGGAAUGUGAUUGUAAUGUGGACUGGAGUGAGAAGAGAAACACUAUUGCCUCCAUCGCAGCUGGAGUUCUGUUCUUCACAGGCUGGUGGAUCAUCAUUGACGCAGCGAUUAUGUACCCUAAAGAGGAACAGUUUCACCAUGCAUACCACACGUGUGGAGUCAUAGCAACAAUAGCCUUUCUCAUGAUCAAUGCUGUGUCAAAUGGUCAGGUGAGAGGGGACAGCUACAGCGAGGGCUGUUUGGGGCAAACAGGUGCCAGAGUUUGGCUCUUCAUUGGCUUCAUGUUGGCGUUUGGCUCUCUCAUCGCCUCUAUGUGGAUUUUGUUUGGGGGUUUUGUUGUGACUAAACAAAAGGAUCUUUCAGUGUAUCCCGGUAUUGCUGUUUUCUUCCAGAAUGCAUUCAUCUUCUUUGGUGGUCUGGUGUUCAAGUUUGGACGAACUGAAGACCUAUGGCAGUGAUGAUACCUUCCGUCAAAUCCCACAGUCCAUCAACACAUAAUUCCUCUGUACUCUGACUUAUUGCUGCUUAUUGGCUAUCUCUAUUUUAUUACCCCUUAAAUAUCUUCCUUUUUCCUUUCUUUCUUAUUUCCUGUGUGGCCAAAGCGAGUGCAAAGUGAAAAAGAAAUGCAUCAAGUCCACACUCUUCUGUCUCUCAAGUAUACAAUAAGAUUCCAAUUCUGGAACAUGUUGUAAUUUUAAUGAUUAGAAUCAGCACCGGCAUUGUGUUUACCAAUUUUGAGAAAAUACAAAUUGCUGCAGUAUAGAUUGACACAAAGUUAAAUAUGCUCAACAGAGCUGAUAGUAUGAAUCUCACUUCAUAACCCAUAUUAUUACAUUAUCAAUUAGCAAAAAACUGUGAUUUUCCGCUUUCACUCUGCACAUAGACGAAAUCUGUUAUAACCAAAAAAUAUUUUUCCAACUAUACGUUUUUUUUCUGUUGUUAAUUGCAUGUAAAUCUUGACUUUCAUCAAACACAAAAUUUGUGUAAUAUAAAUGCUUAACACAAGUGAGGAUUUGAAAACACCCAUAUUUGCCUGCAUUUUUUAUGAGUCCCAUUUUAUGUAUUUUCUAUACAGGUUUUCCACAAUCAAUACAAUUAAAUGAAUAUUCCAACCA